UGCCAAUCCCCAGUACAGAUAACUCAUCCAGAGCUCUUUGACCUCUGGCAGAAAGCUGUUCAAAGAUAUGAUGGCAAACAUUUAGUUGUGAAUUGCAUACAAAUGUAGCGAGGAAGAGAGAGAAAGCAAGACUGCAAGUCAUAUUUCAAGUGAGCAAGAGAGCGUAAGAGUGAAAGAAACAGCGUGUGCAAACAAACUGGUCAUGCACAGAUGGACCCCAUCCUUCCAUACCACAACACCCUAAGGAUGUGGUGCUGACCAUCGUUCUGGACCAGUAGGACACACAGCAGAUUGAUCAGGGUGUUCUCUUUCUACAGUGACUCAAGGCAGCUGGACACUGGCUGGGAUUCUCGAAUGCUCGCACUCUCAGGCUCCAUGGAGGAUCCCCAUGACCAGCCACAGGAGUGGAGCCACUGUCUGGGACAGGAGGGCAAGACCAGCCAUGAAAGACGCACCUCAGUUGUCACAUGCAUACCGAACUGUACACUCAUCGGCACUCGCUGACACAGCCUUCCUCAGAGGAAAACACAGACAGCUCCUCAGCAUGGAGUGAAAGCCCCAGUGAGAGUGAGAGCCAAGGAAGUGAUGAUGAGUACCAACAACUGCAGACGGAAAACUCACGCAGGAGAGGAAGUGGAAAGGGCAGAGAGUAAGGGCUCAAAAGAGUCAAAGGUAAGCGGGAGGAACGGGGCAGAGACCUCCCAGGAGUCUCCAUCCUCCAUCCAGAGCCAACAACCCUCCUUCCCCUGUAAGGUCUGCAAGUCAUUCAGGCACAUGGGAAAUGUCAACGUGCAUGUAAGAGUGCACACGCAGGAGGAGCUGUACCUCUGCAGUGUGUGUGGUAAACAGUGCCGGUCCUCAGAGGAACUGACAGGAAACUAUGAGAUCCACAUCGGGGAGAAGCCCUACCGCUGCCACUCCUGUGGAAAGGGCUUCAGACAGGCAGGAGAGCUGAGGGUCCACACAGGAGAGAAGUCCUACAAGUGUUCUGAGUGUGGGAAAAUGUUCAUCUCGCCACUACACUCAGAAUCCGUCAGAAGAUCCACACAGGAGAGAAGCCCUAUUGCUGCGAGGUCUGUAGGAAAUUCUUCACUCAGAAGGUUCACCUCAACGUGCACAUGAAGGUCCAUGUAAAGGCCAAAUAGUGAGGAUAUAGAGAGAGGAGUAAGGGAUAGACUGCUUUUCAGGUCAAUAGCAUAAACUAUUCUGACAUGUGGCGUCACUCCUACGCAACACUCGUUCCUCUGUUUAAAGAUAUUGUGUGAGACUGAUUCCCUUCUCCUGAUUUUUUUAAUUAUAAUUAUACUCAAAGAACAUUUGCUAUGUGAAAAUGUGUGGUAAGUGUUAAUCUUCAAUGCUUCAAACCAGUGGCGAUUUUAGCAUGUAAAUCUUGGCCCAAAAAAAACUAAAGUAGGCUGCAUUGCUAGCAAAGCCACUACACUACACAACACAACACUAAACAAUACAUUUAAUUGCACUAUAACAGUGACAAAAGGUGCCCACAAACUGUUAGGACCUACAUAAAGCUGUCCCAAAAGCAGUCU